CAACUGUUGCCUGGGAAUAACUUCACAAAUGAAUGCAACAUUCCUGGAAACUUCAUGUGCAGUAAUGGGCGCUGUAUCCCGGGGGCCUGGCAGUGUGAUGGGCUGCCAGACUGCUUUGAUGACAGUGAUGAGAAGGAAUGCCCAAAAGCCAAAUCCAGAUGCGGUGCCACAUUCUUCCCUUGUGCAAGCGGGAUCCACUGCAUCAUUGGCCGCUUCCAGUGCAAUGGCUUCGAGGACUGUCCCGAUGGCAGCGAUGAGGAAAACUGCACAGCAAAUCCCUUGCUUUGCUCUACUGCCCGAUUCCACUGUAAAAAUGGUCUUUGCAUUGAUAAAAGCUUUGUGUGCGACAGUCAAAAUAACUGUCAAGACAACAGUGAUGAAGAAAGCUGCGAAAGCCCUCAAGAGGCAGGCAGUGGCCAAGAUUACGUGACGUCAGAAAAUCAGCUACUUUACUACCCUAGUAUUACCUAUGCUAUCAUUGGUAGCUCUGUCAUUUUUGUACUCGUGGUGGCCUUUCUUGCCUUAGUCCUGCAUCACCAACGGAAACGCAACAAUCUCAUGACCCUGCCAGUGCAUCGGCUGCAGCACCCUGUCCUCCUGUCCCGUCUGGUGGUCCUCGAUCACCCGCACCACUGCAGCGUCACCUACAACGUCAACAAUGGGAUCCAGUACAUGUCCAACCAGCCCUACCACAGGCCAGUGGACCUGGACUCUCCGCCAUCCUAUUCAGAGGCUGUGCUCGACCAAAGCAGACCACCCUGGUUUGACCUUCCUCCACCACCUUAUUGUUCUGAAUCUGAAUUUCCUAAUCAGCCAGAUCUUCCUCCUUACCGAUCUCGGACGGGAAGCUUGGUGAGCACGGACACCCCCAUGGCAGGAAGCCCUCUGGGCACAGACGGCAGUUGGACAAGAGACAUCCAUGACAGCAUGGAUGCCCACAGAACUCUUCUUGAGAGGACAGCAGAUCAAAGCGAUUCUCUGGUCAACCACAUUGUUGAAAGAGAAGUGUAACUGCUCCAGUGUUUGGGAUGGGCAGGAAGGCAUUUACUUUUUCAAGUCUGUAUGGGUUAAUCUGCUGUGCCUAAUAGGUUUCAGGGGGAUGUGUGCCUGAAUGAUGACUUGAUUUGAAUCCACACUAAGGUAAUAUUUGAAUUCAGCAUUUUGGGUUCAUCAAAUACAGAGCUGAGAGGGCUAAACCUAGAGUCACAUCAGCUCUCCCCAACAUUUCUGCGAGCAGGUUCCGGUUCAGACUAGUAAAAGAAACAUCAGUGCUGUGUCAAAGAACUGAUGUGAUGUAUUUCUUGGACUAUUUACUGUACAUGAAUGUAUAUAUGUGCAUGUAUAAUAUAUACAGAUGUUGCACACACAAACUAUGCCACAAGGACUCUUGUUUUCCAACUGCCUCCCGUCCUGUCGAUGUGUGAGCUGUUUCUUCUUACUGCCUAGUGCCAACUGGUGGUCACUGAAGCACAUGAGAGGCAGUCUUUCUGCUUGGAGGUCUGCUGCCCAAUGCUAGCCCACUGGCAGUGCUCAAAUUGCAGAAAAUGUCCUGCUUGACCCUUCUCUUCACGGCCUGGAACAGUCUCACUGUGAAUGUAAUUUUCAAAGCUUAAGCUUGUGAGGAUGCGACAACUCUCUUAACUGAGCAAAUGAGGGUUUUUUUUUUCCUUGAUGCUAAUAUCUAGGCCAAAUUUGCAUGGGUUUUCUCAGGAACACCACAAAGGUUGGCGUAUCUGUCAGACUUCAAGGCUGAGUAUGGAAGCACUGAAGCUUCUCAACAAACCAGGACAAGGCUUCUUUUCAACCAUGGCAAAACAACAUUACUCCAUGUGUUCCUUCUUAAAAACAAACAAACAAACAAAACCAAAAAAGAAACCCACAACUAAACAACAAAGCAAAAAACAAAACAAAACAACCAAAAAUACCCCAAACUGUUUCAACUAAAUCUUGAACACCAAAACCAGCCAGAGGCAAACACCCAUCACGGAAAUCUUUAGUGUGAAUGACUGGUUUGUUACAUUUGUAAAACAACUGAAAGCAGGUCAUGCAGUGAGAGCUGUUGGGCUUGUCGGCCCUGUCUGCAGCAUGUACAUAUACAUGCAUGGAUACACGUGUUCAAUACUGUGUGUAUCUCUGUAAGUAUGUAUUGCAUAAGUUUAGUUCUAUUGCACCAGUAGAACUCCAGCAUGUCAAAGUUUCGUUUGUGAUACACUCAUUGUUUUUUAAGGAGUUUGCCGUUACUUGUGUUCAUUUAGUUGAAAUGGUUUUCUGCAGAAAAACAUAAUUAUUUGUGUCUGUUUUGUCGUGACUCUUGGAGUGGUCUCCUGUAAAGUGCGUUUCAGUGCACGGUGUUGAAUCACCCAUGUGAAGGCGUUUCAGAGGUAAAGGUAUUCAGAGUGGCAAGAGGGAAGGUAAGCUGUGAAUUGAAAUGCUACUGCAGUGCUGUGCUUGUGCUCAGUAUACAGAGAACAAUGCAGUGUCUUCCUCUUGUCCGGAGGGAAACUGGCCUUGAAAAAUUAUUCAUAUUUGUCUAUCAGACACAUUUCCUAUUCCUUCUUCCAUGUAAUGAACAGUGUCAUUAAACAGACUAUUUAAUGGAAAUGAAGGAAGCUGACUGCCCACACCUUCUGCUUUCUUCCUCCUGAUCUUUCUAAGGUACUUUCUUUCACCAAAGGUUAUAUGCUCAGAACCCAAGAAUUUUUGAGCUUGAGUGUUAGGUAGGGGAACAUCUUGAGUUCAGUCUCAGUUCCCACGCGUGCAUCAGAAUUUUUGUGUGUUUUUUUUUUUUUUUAAUUUCCAGCUCUGGAGUCUACUGCCGUGGUCUGUAAGAGGCAGGGGCCAGAUGGAUUUACAAGCACAGGUCAUUUUGAGGACUGAGAUGACACAGUGGGGAGCACUGGAGAAUUCUAAUGCUGAUGGGCUUGGCUGACUUUGGAAGCAGAUUAAUGGCAGCCUUUCAUUACAGGCAUAGGCAGCCUUGUCUUGAAGUGCAUGGGUGAAGGUGCUUCUAGGUCCUUGUAAAGCAAUGUACAAGAUCGGGUCAGAUUUCACCCUUGCUGGGCCCUCAAGCGAUGUAAUUAUGCUGUCCUUCACAAAGUGGGACUUGGCUAAUUAAUGAGACUGUCUGGCUUGAUAGGCAGACUGUUGUCAUUGUCACAUAGCAGAUGGUUGUUAUUUAUUUUACAGGUAGGUUAAAUUCAUGUACAUAGCUGAGUUAAUAGUAAAGGUAGGUGCAGGGGUGUCUCCUGUGAGCACUGGGUCCUGCUGUCCCUCUUGCCUUUUGUUAAGGUUCCCCUGGGCCUCUGCAAGAGAGCUAUGUAAUGCUGUGUCAGAAUUAGCCUUAAUACUUUUCUGUUGCAGUUUUUAAAACAUUGUCUUAGACUUCAAAGCAUGCUAUUCCAGAGUUUGCAGUAGUUUCAUUAGAAUUAGGCAUCUUUUUAAUUUUAAAGUUGCCUAAGGCUGUAUUAGUGAAACUAAAU